AUGAAAGAUAUAUCUGUUAUAGUGAAAUACUUUGUGUUAUUCAAGAGCAUUCAGCUAAUAAUAGUUUACUUUACACCGGUUCAAUUCGAUACAUCGUCACAGCUAAUAAUUGAAAAAUAUCGGAAUGAUAAAUUGCAGGUUCUAAGCGACUGGAAACUACCAUUUCAGAUCAGUGAUUCAAUACUAUCCAAUAUAAUCGAUAAGUUCAUUACCUGGGAUGCUGUAUACUUCAGUGAUCUAUUUCUCAAUGACAUCAAGUAUGAGCAUCAAUUCGUGUUUUGUCCUUUAUGGUGGAGAAUAAUAAAAUGGAUACCGAUUGGUGAAGGUAAUUAUUACAAGAAAUUGAUGUUGGGAAUGCUAUGCUCGAACAUAUGUCAUCUUGGUACGUGCAUUAUACUAUACUAUUUGACAUUCGAAAUGUUCAAAACAUCGAGUCUUUUCACUAAGACGUUGCGGGAGUUUUCAUUGAUUUCGUCGAUUAUUUACAUCAUAUCACCAGCGGGGAUAUUUUUAACGGCAUCAUAUUCUGAAAGUCCAUGUGCAUUGUUUUCAAUGGCAUCGAUUUACUUGAGAGAGAUAUCUAUAAAUCGAGAGAACUUUAACCAUUUGAAUUCUAAGAAUUCGUUAAAGACGCAUUGGAUAUAUAAGGUGACGUACUUACUUUCUGGAACGAUGGUGAGCAUCGCUUACGGGAUUAGAGGCAACUGUUUAUUAUUAGGGGCAAUGUUUCUUUUUGACUUGUACGAAUUUGGCAUCAGAAACCGGGAUAUCACCGACAGCAUAUUAUCAUUAGUCAGUGGGGGUCAAAUAUUCGUGUCAAUAAUAGCACUUAACUGGUACACAUAUGCGAUAUUCUGCCCUGCCAGAGGCGAGUGGUGCCAGAGCUGGAUACCAUCAUUAUUCAGCUAUGCACAAUCUCAUUACUGGAACGUGGGGUUUUUCAAUUACUGGUCGUUAGCCAAUAUCCCCAACUUUUUGUUUGCAUUACCAACGAUCGUGCUAACGUUGCAGAGUUUUAAGCAUUUCACGGAGGAGAAACCAGUCAAGAACCUUCUUCCAGUCAUGAUAGUGAAUGGUAUGUUGUUAGUAGGGGCCGUGUUCUGGUGGCACGUACAAAUAUUGACCAGGAUCUCGUCGUUUUUGCCACUUAUGUACUGGUUUGUGGCAAGCAUGUGGAUAUCAGACAGCCCGACGUACAAGCGAUAUAGUGAGAACACGAUGAAGUUUAUGAUUGGGUGGAACUUGAUCCAGACGAGUAUGUUUGCGGCCUUCUUACCACCGGCGUGA